GUGACAGAUUUGUCAUAUUUUGCAACGGAUUCCGGAAGUUUUUGUGUUUUGUUUUGUGACUCCUCCGCUCGAGUUCUUUUUUUUUUUCGCUACUUCCUGGCCAUUUCUUGACCCACAAGGAACAAUGAAAGUCGUCACAAGCACCGAAGAUACACCCACUAAUCAGGAAAACUCUGAUGAAUCUUUUGAUUGCGAUGAUUCCUCAAGCUUGGCCAGCACUUCCACCACGGAUACAACGUCCAACAGUGAGACACAAACAGCUGGAAGUAAGAAGAAGCGAGGGAAGAAGCCGAGUAAACCAAAGCCAGCCAAAAGCCCAAAACAACUCUACAAAUUCUCAAGCAGUAUAAAGGAAGACCACGGUCAGCCACUCUUUGGUACGCAGUUCAACUUAAAUUUGAAGAAAGGUCAACCAAAUAUUUUUGCUUCAGUGGGAAGCAAUCGUGUCUCCAUUUACGAAUGUCUGGAAAGUGGUGGAAUAAAACUCCUGCAGAGCUAUGCUGAUCCCGAUGGUGAUGAAAUCUUCUACACCUGCGCGUGGUCUUAUGAACCAGAAACGGGGAAACCCAUCCUGGCAGCUGGUGGCCUCCGGGGUGUCAUUAGAAUCUUCAGUCCUGCCAUCCUGGCGUGCACAAAGCACUACAUUGGGCACGGACAUGCCAUUAAUGAGCUUAAAUUCCACCCCCGCGACCCCUACAUCCUCCUGUCGGCCAGCAAGGAUCACUCCCUGCGCCUCUGGAACGUUCAAACGGAUGUGUGCAUUGCAAUUUUUGGCGGAGUUGAGGGGCACCGAGAUGAAGUUCUCAGUGCAGACUUUGACAUUAGUGGCGAUAGAUUCUUCUCCUGCGGAAUGGAUCAUUCCCUCAAGCUGUGGAGUGUGAAUAAGCCCGAAAUGAAGGAUGCCAUCAAGAAUAGCUACACAUUCAACAAUCACAAAUCCAGCAGACCCUUCGACACGCUCAAGGAGCACUUUCCGGACUUCUCCACUCGCGACAUUCAUCGAAAUUACGUGGAUUGCGUCCGAUGGAUGGGAGAUUUUGUCCUCUCCAAAAGCUGUGAGAAUUGUAUUGUUUGCUGGAAACCAGGACGUCUCGAUGACACCACCCUCAGGCAUAAUGAGACCUCCGUGUCAAUAAUUCAUCAUUUUGAGUACAAAGAAUGCGAAAUUUGGUUCAUUCGCUUUGCUCUGGACUUCUGGCAGAAGGUCAUUGCGUUGGGAAAUCAAUCGGGGAAGACAUUUAUUUGGGAAUUGGAUGUUCCUGAUCCAAGUUUGGCAAGGAGCACCAUCCUGGCGCAUCCCAAAUGCACAACAGCCAUUCGACAGACUGCCUUCAGUCGCAAUGGGGACAUUCUCAUUUGUGUCUGUGAUGAUGGAACAAUCUGGCGCUGGGAUAAACAGACGCAGUAGACGAUUUUUGGAUAAAAAAAAAUUGCAUGGACGUUUCGAUUCCGAAAAGAUCUUCAUCAGGGCAUUAAAUUGUUAAAAAAAAAGUCAACUAAAUAGAAUUCGAUUCGGUGGAAGAGAUCAAUUUAUAAAUUCUAAUUUGACGUUUCGAUGGCCACGAUUUACUUCAUCAUCAGGCAUAAAGUUUGUGGGCAAAGACAGAAUAGAGCAUUGAUCGUAUUGAUAGAAUCGGAUUAAAAAGCAAAAUGUUGAAGAUUUGAAAGUAUUUUUGAAAUAAAGAUUUAAAAUUAAUUUAA